ACAUGGCUGCUCGUACAUUUUCAUUUUCAUACAAAAUUUAGACAUAAAUUGCUCGAAAGGAACACUUACUUAUACUUUUAAAAAUGGAUCACAAUUUUGGUGGGAACAGCAAUCAAAGACCGCAAUUUCCUGGAUUUAUUGGUCAAAAUUUGGCAGGAAUGCAUCAGAUACCUACUCGUCAAGGAUUCCAAAGUCAGCCUUUCCAACAGUCACCGAUGAAUGCUGGCUAUCCACAGCCUCCACAGAUGCAGGCAAACCAGGCUAGUUUUGGACAAUUUGCUAGCAACAUACCAAGACCUCAAAUACAGCAGAUGUACAUUCAACAGCAGCCUCAACAACCAUAUCAACAACAAUAUCAACAACAGCAACAACGACAGCAAUAUCAACAGCAACACUUUCAACAGCAACAAUAUCAACAACAACAACAACAACAGUACCAGAAGAUGAUUGAACAACAGCAAAAGAUUGCCCAAGAACAACAAAAGAAAGAAAUUGAGCUGCGUAAAAAGAGAGAUUUUGAAAUGCAGCAAAAGCGUUUGCAGCAAUUAGGAGGAGGGCAAAGAAAAGGAGGCGGCGGUGGUGAUCUGUCCCAUUUGAUAGGUUCAUUAGCACAGCGUAGUACUGAUAAACAAGUUGCACUGAAGCCUCAGGUUGGCACUCCAUCUGGUAGAUCUUUCUUUGCGAGACCUGGAACAUCCUACCCUCCACAACCAGAAUGGAAACAACAAAAAGACCAACUUGUCCAAUCAGACAUUACAGGCCAACACACAGGAAGACCUACCAUUGAACCACAUGGUUUAACAGGUCCUGGAAUAGCGACAAGUGAUGGGUUUUGUGGUCAAGCCACUGAUGAUGAUGAAUUCAGUGAUUUCCAGGAAGCACAGGUACCUUUUUCCAGUCAAACUACUAGUGUUUCUACCAAUCAGAACACUGGAUGGUCAUUGCAGCCUGGAAAUCAAUCAAUGCCUGGUCAGCCUGGGAGUCAUGGUAUUGCCUGGCAAAGCUAUUCUGGUACAAAUACUGGUAUUUCUAGUGAGCAUGGUAGUCCAGYAGUAAAUCAGAUGUCCUUUGCACAAGCAUUUUCCAAUGGUAGUAUCACCAYGGCACAUUACUCGCCACAUGUGUUUAGUGAGCCUAUGCCAAGAGAAAGAACAGAUAGUCAAUCUAGUAUUUCAUCUAGUACAAGUUCUGGAGUACAGUCCACAGCAUCCUUUCAAGAUAGGCAACUAAUUAUGCCAAACCAGUCCUUUCCUAAUGAUGGUCGACAGGGGCAGCCACCUGUACCACAUUUUGUUGGCUUACAGCACAGGAUGUCUGGAAACUUGUCAGAAGGACCAGCAAUAACUGGUCAAUUCUUUUCCAACCAGCCAGUUCCUGGACAAGUUAAUGUUCCUGGUCAAACAUUUUCCAAUCAACCAGUUCCUGGACAAGUCAAUGUUCCUGGUCAAGCAUUUUCCAAUCAGCCAGUUUCUGGACAAGUUGAUGUUCCUGGUAACGACUGCCCAGACAUUGAGGAAAAAGAAGAAUCAGAAGAGGAAAAACUACAGAGGCUGUAUGGAAUUACGAUUCCCGAGUGGUGYARGGAAGACAAGAACCUYCCAGGGGUGUAUAAAGAUGUUAAAGAAGCUGCCACAAAAAAUGGCGCCAUUGACACAGGUUCUCUUUAUCCCAUUCUACUGGCAUCAGAACUUCAAAGGGACAUACUUGGUCAGAUAUGGAACAGGGCAAACAAAGCCACACCUGGGCAGCUCAAUGAUUUGGAGCUUAGAAUGGUGUUGGGACUUGUUGCCUUAGGACAGACUGGUUUAAAAGUAGAAAGACUCACGCUGGAGAAGCUAUCAACAUGCAAGUCAGCACCAAUACCAACAAUUCCUGAGAAUGUUCUACAGCCAAGUGAAGRUAGCUGGAGUUUCCAGAAAGAAACCACACAGCAAGAUUCUAUUGUCGAGAAGACUUCCAUCCCUUCUGUCAGUCAACCAGGCAGUACACUUCACUCAAAUGAAGACUACGCAGCAAAAACCRAAGCAUUGAAACCUAMUACUACURSCAAAGAGUUUGGURGCUUUACUGGUUGGUCUGUGUCUGGACAAAUGCCUGGACAGARUGMYUUUACUUUAGGCUYRUCAACAUCUAUACUUGGGGCACAAAUGUCUAGUCAAAUUCCAGGCCUCACAAGCUCUCAAACAACAUCGCAUAGAAUUCAAAACACAACAACCUUGAAAGAAGCAGAAUUAAAGCCAGGAUUGUCAAKCUCACCAGAAUUUCAAGGAUUUCAAAGUGCCAGUGUAGGUGAASAUGAUGAUUUUGGAGACUUCCAUGGCYCAACGUCAAGUGUGGACACAACUACAUUGUCCUCCCAAAAUACAUUUGCUGAACUUAAAAGUACGACAACUUUAGCUUCGUCUUUAGAAAGCUUCAAACUGAAAACAGAGAACUCAUUGUUUUCUUCAGUUACACCAGCUCAAAAUAGCAAAAAAGACUCAAAGUUGACUGCUUUAUUGGCUGAAAACACAGUAAAUACAGACAAUGACAAGACCAUAGCAUUCCCUGCUAUUUCAAUGCCACCAAGUUCAGUUAAUGCGUCAAAAAGUGGUAGUUCCACUAACUUAAAUGACAACUGGAGUAGUUUAACCACUGCUUCAACUACUGAAAACAAACCGGCCUUAGCAAACUUCAAUUUAAUGACUUCAAUCACUAAAAAUCCUAAUGAGAAAGGUCAAGAUAAUAAUUUGGAAAGUGCAUUACUUAAUAACACAUCUAAUGAAAGACCAUCUGAUAAGUACGAUUUGUUGAGGGAUAUUAAUAGUGAAGAAACAAGUAGCAUCUUCUCCUCUUCCAUACCGUCCAGAAAGAAAGAYGACAGCUUUGGGGAUUUUGAGAGUUUUGAAAAUGCAGAAUCAAAAGAAGAUGAUAACUUUGGAGGUUUCCAGUCUACCACUAUUGAAUCCACACUUCAAGACUCAAGCUCUUCAAAUAUCAAUCAUAACUGGAAUGCUUUUGCCUCUGCUCAAUCUAGUCAAGAAGUCACAAMUUUUGCACAAUUCAAUCUAACUCCUAAUAUUACUGGCAAAGUAGACACUGAUGAAUUUGGUGAUUUUUCAGAGCCGUCUAGUGUUGUUCCACCUAGUAUAAGUAGCAAUAUGGACUUCUUUUCAUCUAAUCAGAGCACUAYUAAGRUAAAUGUCAGUGGUUUUGGAAAUUUUGAUGAUAGUCACAAGAAUUCAAGUUCCUUAGCAAGUUUUACCAGUGGAGUUCCUUUAGAUUCUGCUCAGAGAUACAAGCAACUAUGUGGUGAAGAUGAGGAUGCCGAUCAACAUGGUAAUGUAUGGGGAAGAUGCCUGAACUCCUGCCUCUUGACAAUGGCAACUUGUGCUUUAGCAGUGCAGACCAUGUCUGAUGCUACCAUCAAACAAGAGAUUCUACAAUCCAAGAAAGGAAUGGACUAUUUUAAAGCAAUAAUAGAAGUCUUCAGAGUCACAAAACGAAUACAAGCUUCCCUUGUAAAAACAGAUUUUUUAAGUGAGAAACUGAAAGAUAUUUUGGAAGAGAUCAAUCAAACAUGGAGAAACAUUGCUAACUUCUUGAAAGAGACAAACUUGGAGCAGUCAAGYACUAUCAAAGAGAACUUCACUGAACACCAUGUCCAGGCAGACGACGAUAAGAUGGUGGCAUGUGGACUUUGUCUUCUCAAUGUUACCAAAGCAACWGACUCYAAGAUUGGAUACGGUGGRCGGGAGUACCACUCAGCCUGUGCUAACUUCUGGUGCAACAGGGUGGACUCCAUCUUGCCUUCAUUGUGGCCAGUCAAUAGUUUAAUUUAGACCAGGUUAUCUACCUUCGUUGGCAAAGUAUUUUCCUUAUACUUGUACAUAAUAAAC